AUGGCUCGUCCAUGGAGUGUGAAUGGAUUGUGGGUCUUGCUGCUGUCUGUACUGGAUUUACUGGGGACCACAGCCAGCAGUAUGGAGCCCAUCUACUGGAAUUCUCUCAAUGAAAGGUUCCGAGACGAUAAGGGCUACGUCCUUUACCCCCAGAUCGGCGACCGGCUGGACCUGAUCUGCCCUCAGCUGGACACGGCCCGCUCCACGCCGGAGUACGAGUUCUACAAGCUGUACCUGGUGUCGUCGCGGGAACAGGCGGACCGUUGCGAGGUGACCGGGCCGCCCAACAUCGUGCUAACGUGCGACGAACCCAUGCGGGAGCGCCGCUUCACCAUCAAAUUCCAGGAGUUCUCGCCUAACUUGUGGGGCCACGAGUUCAAGAGCAUGCACGACUACUACAUCAUCGCUACAUCAGAUGGGACACGUCAAGGUCUGGACAGCAUGAGGGGGGGAGUUUGUGCCACGCAGGGCAUGAAGGUGGUCCUGAAAGUGGGGCAGAGUCCAUACGGGCUACCUCCCAAGAAAGAACCAGCGGGGCGCUCCACCAACAGGAACUCAGGUAACUCCACCCAUUCCAGAGGGCCCAACACCUUCGGAGGCGCCGACGGCGGCGGUGAAAACGGGCCGCUGCAGUCGUCCAAUAUCGCCGUGAUCGCCGGCGCGGCCGGAGGUUCCGCUUUCCUGCUGCUGGUCACCGCCGUCAUCUGCGUGGUGUGCUACCGGCGGCGGCACGCCAAGCACUCGGACACCCACCACCCGCCGCUGUCGCUGUCGUCGCUCACCAGCCCCAAGCGGGGCGGCGGCGCCGGCGGCAUGGGCAGCUCCAACAACAACGGCUCCGAGCCCAGCGACAUCAUCAUCCCUCUGAGGACGUCGGACUCCGCCUACUGCCCGCACUACGAGAAAGUCAGCGGCGACUACGGACACCCCGUCUACAUUGUGCAGGAAAUGCCGCCGCAGAGCCCGGCUAACAUCUACUACAAAGUAUGA